CGGGGGAAAGCACUUCCGGCUCCCUUCCGCGGGAGGGGCGUUUGUGCGCGUGAAGAGCCAUGUCGGACUCUGAGGAUUAUUCGUCGUCGGAGGAUGAAGACUACCUGCCGUCAGGUGAAGACUACAGUGAAGAUGAUGUGAGCGAAUUGGUAAAGGAGGAUGAGGUGGAGGAAGAGAAGCCCACGGAAAAAUGCAAGAAGAAUUCCAAAGGGAUCGCAUGUCGGAAAAGAAACAAAGGAGGCGGCCUCUUCUUGAAACCAGGUGGAGGAAAUUCACCAAAACAUGACGAGAGCGAUAGUGAGGAUGGCGAGACUGGAGAAAGCCAUAAUACACCCGUAAAAGAAAACGAGAAAAGGGAAAAAGAGGAGGCUCUGUGGGCCAGCUUCCUCAGUGAUGUGGGCCAGAAACCAAAAGCAGCUCCUCCAGGCCAGACGUCCUGCACACAGAAAGAAAAGCCAGCUGAAGAGAAGAACUUGUGCAAGCCUCAGGAGGUAACGAAAGAACCCGGGAAGAACAAAGUUGCCAUCACCCAAGUGUUUGACUUUGCUGGUGAAGAGGUGAGGGUCACGAAGGAAGUAGAUUCUGCGUCAAAGGAGGCACAGUUCUUUCUGAAACAACAAGAGCAGAAGACAGUGGGUCCCACAUCUCAUCCUACCAUUUCCGGAGUGAAGCGGCCGAGUGGCAUGAACAGCCUGCUGGGCAAGAUCGGUACCAAGAAGCAGAAGAUGAGCACGCUGGAGAAGUCCAAGCUAGACUGGGAGAGCUUCAAAGAAGAGGAGGGCAUCGGGGAUGAGCUGGCCAUCCAUAACAGAGGGAAAGAUGGGUACCUCGAGAGGAAAGCGUUUCUAGAGAGAGUGGAUCACCGGCAGUUUGAGCAUGAGCGGGACAUCCGCCUGAGCACCAUGAAGCCCUGAGACCUCUGCAGAGCCCCACCCUAACAACGCCUACAAUCUGGCCGUCCCCAGAAGAUAGUACCUCUAUGACCUGUAUGGGUUUCCUUUUUCACCACCAUAGUAAAUAGGUGAACUGAGGUCGCUGCAGCGGCAGAUCAUUUGCCUGCCAGUGGCUGCGGUGUGCAGCGGGCGCCGGCAUGGUUCUGCUCAGCGCAUGUGGCUGCCUGCUCAAGAUGGGGCCUCGGUGGCUAUUUUCCAGGUCUUCAGGCGCCUUGUAGUUAGAACGGGCAAGGCAGACAUCGUGCUGUGCGAAGUAGCGCCCUGCUGCCUGCUCAUGCCCCCCCCCCCCCGCUGGGCACUGAUUCCCUGGGGCUGCAGCCCUGGGAUCCUAACGGUGGCAGGAUUGCGCGGCCUCCUUGUGCAGCGGAAAGGUUUUCUUCUCAAGGACACUCUGCAGCCGGACAUCGUAUCAGUGUCAAACUCGUGGCAAGAGAAGUUGCCUGUCAAGCUCCUUUUGCUCUGGACUCCGCAGACUAGUUUUUUUGGUAAAGCCUUUCCCCAGGAUUUUUAAAAACACGUCCUCCAAAUAAUUCACUUCAUGCUCUGCAGGAAAGUCGGGGGGCAGCAGCAUGUAUGUGAGGAAGGGCAGCGUUCCUUCGAAUAAAGUGUUAAAAACCGUA